AUGCUGGGGUGCGGGGGGCGCUGGCUGCAGCGGGCGGGGGGGGCGGCUUCAGCCCCCCAUGGGGCCCAGCUCAGCUUUGACGGCGCCGUUCUGCGGCUCAAGAGCGGCUGGGAGCUGGUGCGGGGGCUGCUGGUGCUCAGGCUGUGCGGCCUGCCGGGGCUGGUGCGCCGGGCCCCCACGCUGCUCUCCGUGUCCCAGCGGCUGCUGGGGCACCGGCUCUGGGGGUCCCUGCUGCGCGCCUCCUUCUACGGGCAGUUCGUGGCGGGGCAGACGCCCCCCGAGGUGGGGGUCACAGUGCAGCGCCUCCGUGCCCUGGGGCUGCGCCCCCUCCUGGCCGUGCCCAUCGAGGAGGACGUGGGGCAGGACAAGGAAGGGGAGGGCUGGUACGAGGGGAACCGGGGGGCCGUGCUAGGCUGCGUGGGGCUCUCGGCCCAGGGGGGACCCCAGCCCAUGAUGCAGCUGAAGGUGACGGCCCUGAUGAGCGCCCGGCUCUGUAGGACGGUGUCGCUGCGGCUGGGGGAGCCGGGCGGGCUGUCGGAGCUGAGCAUGGACAGAGUCAUGGCAGUGAUGGGUGGAGAGGAGGCGAACUUCUCCGGCCUGAGCCCAGCUGAGAACCGGCACCUACAGGCCUCCCUGCUGCGGCUGGAAGGGGUCACCCAGCGGGCGGUGGAGGCGGGGGUGCGGGUGCUGGUGGACGCCGAGUACACCUACGUGAACCCCGCGCUGACGCUUGUCACCCUGGCGCUGAUGGGGCGUUGGAAUCGCGCCCAGCCCUGGGUGUGGAACACCUACCAGUGCUACCUGCAGGACUGCCUGGUGCGGCUUGGCGCGGACGCGGCGCUGGCCGAGCGCCGGGGCUUCUGUUUCGGGGUGAAGCUGGUGCGUGGGGCCUACUUGGAGCAGGAGCGGCGGCUGGCGCGGGAGGGGGGAUACCCUGACCCCCUGCACCCCACCUGGGAGGCCACCAACCACAGCUACCAGCACUGCCUGGACCUGCUGCUGGAGUUGGUGGCACGGGAUGGGCAGCAGUGCCAGCUGAUUGUGGCCAGCCACAACGAGACCUCUGUGAGCCACGCCAUCCGCAGGAUGGAGGAGCUGGGCAUUGCCAAGGAUGGAGGGGCCGUCUGCUUCGGGCAGCUGCUGGGCAUGUGUGACCACGUCUCCCUGGCCUUGGGCCAGGCUGGAUACGCCAUCUACAAGUCCAUCCCGUACGGGGCGGUGGAGGACGUGCUGCCGUACCUGGUGCGCCGGGCCCAGGAGAACCAGAGCGUGCUGCAGGGCAUCCGCAAAGAGCGGGACCUCCUCCGCCGCGAGCUCUGGAGGCGCCUGCUGCGCCGCCCCUGA